UCUUUCCAUACUAUUUAGUGGUCAUGGUGUUUUCAACCACGCCAUUGAAAACGCUGAAUGUUCUGGUUGUCGCAUCACUUCCUGACCUGUGUAGAGUUUAGUAAUUUGACUUUCGGAUUUCAGGCGACAGGAGCUGGAACCGUUCAGAAGCCCAAAUCUUUAUACCGUAGGGCCUGAUCCAGUUAAGGCCAUGGCAGAAUUUUCGCUUGCUGACGCCAUUGGGGAUGACGUUCCUAGUGAAGCGUCGAAAACUAAGCACACCAAUCCGUCAGCUCCUGGACACGGUGCUCCACCUCCCACCAAUCCUGGCUGGCCUGGUGUGGCCCCUGGUGGCCCUCAGUACCCAUCCUCAGGAGGCACUGCCCCCCCAACAGGACCUUCUGGCUAUCCUCCGACUGGGCCGUCUGCCCCUGGCUCUUUUCCUCCAGGCCCCGGAGCCCCGGGCCAAUACCCCGGAGCCCCGGGGCAGUUCCCCGGAGCCCCAGGCCAGUACCCCGGAGCCCCGGGCCAAUUCCCUGGAGCCCCAGCUGCCCCAGGUGGAUACCCUCCAGGUCCAGGUGUUCCUGGACAGUUCCCCCCCAACCCUGGUGCUCCAGGACAGUUUCCUUCCAUGCCAGGUCAAUUCCCACCAGGUGGUGCGCCCAUGCCAUACCCCGUUCCUGGACAGUUUCCCUCCACACCUGGAGCUCCACAGGGGGCAUACCCAAAUGUGCCUUACCCACAAGGUCCUGCUGGGCCUGGCAUGUACGGUCCGGGGGGCCCUGGUGCCUUUCCCCCAGAUGGAGGACCAGGAUAUGGUGGAGGAAUGUUUCCCCCAAUACCCCAAGGCUCCUGGGGUCCACCUGGAGGGAACUUUCCUGCACAGCCUCAGCCUGGCCCACCAGGAGGCUACGGACCUGGGCCCAUGGGACCAUACGGUGGACCCGCUGCUCCAGGUGGAAUGAUGCAAGUGCCCUAUGAUCUUCAACUGCAUGCAGGGAUAAUGCCAGGCCUCGUGAUCACUAUAGUGGGAGAGCCAGUACCAGGAGCAAACAGGUUUAAUGUAGAUUUCAUGCGGGGCGGUGAUGUGGUUUUCCAUUUUAACCCUCGUUUCCAUGAACACACCAUCGUGCGAAACUCACUUCUUGGGGGCUGCUGGGGUCCAGAAGAGAGGGAGGGAGGCUUUCCAUUUAUUCAGGGCAGACAGUUUGAGCUGAAGAUCCUGGUGGAGAAUGAUGGCUUUAAGGUUGCCGUGGACGGCGUUCAUCAGCUGGAGUAUGAGCACAGAACCGGUGGAUUUGAAGAUGUCACUCGUCUGCACAUAAACGGAGAUGUCACCCUAUUUAGUGCUGCGCCCAGUAUGAUCUAACACAAUCCUGAGAGAGAUUAGACAAUGUGGAGUGAAACAUUAUGCGUUUUUGAAAAGUAUUAUCUAACAAAAGUGGAAAAGAUCUUAGUUCUAGAAGUUAUUAUGAUUGCAACACUCAUGCACACACACAUACAUGCAUACAUACACUACAGAUGUCUUUCCCACCUGUAUUUCCGGUGGAUAUUAACAGGGGGUAUAUGAUGUGUACCAUUUCAGCCUCACCUGUUUUUUCUUAGUUGCUUAUUCAUUUUAAAAUCAUCAACAAUUUUGCAUGCAUACCAAAAUACAACGUUAUGUGUGCGUGUAUGUAUAUAUUACAUAAAUAUACACACACACACACACACACACAAUAAAUGCAUAUGAGUGUGCCUAUGAGAUCUCAGUUUUAAGACAAACGGCCUGUGGUUAAAUGAGAUCAUAAACUUUUUCAGGAAACAGCAGACAAGAGCUGUAACACUGUGCUGAAUUAGAUCGAAUCUAAAUGGCUGAAGUAACUCUUUAUUUGAAAUAAAUAUUUGAGAAUGUUAAUUAUUUUGAAUAAAAUCUUGUUCAGUAAUGGUGUCUGAAUAAAUGAUGUAAUACCCCUGUGGAAA